UCUUGACCAUGAUGUCGUUAUCGUCUACCCUGAGCACAACCGACGCUGCCAGUCACUUCAUCUUGACACCACGCACCUCCUCAUCCUGCAAAUCACGCCGAGGGAACUCCAGGACGAGGAAAUCAUCCUCGACAUCAUCCCCCACCGGUGCCCAGUUCACCGUCGCUGCCAUCUCCAACCACCCCGCACCAUUCUGAGGGCACCGGCGGGUGCGCCUCGUCCUCCUCUUCCUCCUGGUGCGGAGAAUCGAGCUAGGAGCUCUCCUCCACGAUGCAAUCUUCCACGACAACCUCGCCGGCCGUCGGCAUCUUCUUCAAACUCCGGCUGCUCCGGCCAACCUCCGGCGCACUCAACCACGAAUUCAUGCUCCUGGUUUUCGUCGCCGUUGUCGCUUCGGUGGUGCCCGGUCCCUUCUCCGCCCGUCGCAGGUCCGCCGCGCCAAGGCGCGUCCCCGGCGCCAUCUUGGUCAUCCCAGUACACUCUAAAACGAUGUCCCCGUCUCCGACCAGAACCGUCUGCCAUAGCCCUGAGCUCCACCGUGUUCAUCUUCAAAGGGGCGUGCAUCUCAUCCUCUUCAACAUCAACACCGUAACUCGUCUGGUGGUCCCGCCUCGUCAGCCUCAACCAAGCCAGUGCAGCAGCUGGAUCCAGUCAGCAUCACACGGGCCCGCGAGUCAGCCGCUGUGGCUAGGUCCUUCCCUAGUGAGCAUCUCCGAGAUCCAGAUCUAUUUGGAAACUUUGCAGAUAGCCUCCUAUAAUCCCAGUAUUCAACCCGCGGUCCAUGUCUAG